AUCAACAGAAGCGCGACUACGGCGACCGGGGCGCGCGUAUCCUGUGCAAAAGUAUCGUAGUCGUAGUAAUUGCAGUCAUGCAUUUAAUGCAUGACUCAUUUUAUUUCUCAUGCUGAGGCAAUUUUUAAUGCAUUUAUACGAGUGCGAUACUUUUGCACAGGAUAGGGCGGAGGUGUAGGCAAUAAAGCGACGAAAACCAUCAGAAGAACAGCUGCAUCAGGAACAACAAGGAAAGAUAGUGAUAAAGGUGGUAAAAAAGAUGACAGGCAAAAUAACAACAAGCCGCCGCGGCAUUUAUCUUCUACUUUCAGCUACUACUAUGACGGCGAUGAGGCGGACGAAGACCACGAAUACAGCCUCAUUUUCCGGAAGGUUCUCGCUUUGCAAGGGGGGUUGCUGUCCGCGAGCAAAGAUCCGGCGCAGCACCAGAAGGAGAAUGCGACCUUGAUCCUGCU